UAUCUGCUCAAUUCUGUUGGAACAUUAUAACGUUACGUUGUGAACUUUGACUCAUACAAAAAACCACCGCCCCAUAUAAUAUGUUUGAUUCAUGAAUAGUUUACAGUGUAGGCCUAACUAUGUUGCCAAUUUCAUUAAUUGCCAUUGGCCAGUACUGUACACUUAUGCAAUUCUUCAGAGAAACGCCUGAAACCAGAGUUGAACCAUAAUGUGUGGUUCUAUGAUGAAUAUGUGGACCGGACCUUGAUCAGCAUCCUGGAAGAGGAAAGCACUGAAGAUCUGUGUCCCACACCACAGACAGGUACAGUGUGUAGCCAGAGCUGCACAGAGGGAGGAAGCUCUGGGGAGGAGGUGGUGCAACAGUGCACCCCUCCGGCUGUGCUGGGUGGCAACCCCCAGGCUGAGCAUUAUGUGGCUGGGUCAUCCCAGCAUGCCCUGCAUCCAGUCCCUGCUGCGCCCCUGCCACCACUGGAUAACACGGCCACGUCACAGCCAGAAAGACGCGUACACGUCAGUGAAAAGAACUCGCCCACAGAGAGUCACCCCAACGGCAAAACUAAGGACAGCCGUGAAGAAGGGGCUAUGUCGGAUAGUGGUGCUGAGGUUGUCCAAGGAGGAUUGGGCCCAUCGCACCCCAAGGAUCCUAGUGUCUCUACAGAGUCUCACUCAGACAGAUUCUCUGACAUACAGACGGAAGGAACAGAGCAAGAUUUGCAUUACGGGUCACAAACUGAUAACCGCAGCCACACAGACAGACAGACGUGCGCUGCUGGACCAGGUCAGGACCAGGCUCUGCAGCAGGGAGGUGCAGGUGGAAUGGUGGUCGUCAGUGGGACAGAACAUCGACAGCCCCUCCCAGGGACAGAGAAAUUGGAAUAUAAACAAGAGACUGGAAUGGAGGAACUUAGCAGGGAACACCCAGCUAGAAACCUUUCCUCUGAAUCCUUCUCAACGGCCUCCCCUCUUCCCCUCAGCCCAAAUAAAGAUAAAGUCCCAGACCACAAAGAAGACAGAGGGAUGGAGCAGCCUCAAACAACUCUGCCUACCCAGGCGACUCAGGCCAGCCACAGACCUCUGUCUGAGGUCAAAGAGCAAGCAGGCAUUCUUCAAAAGUCUGAGCAGCCCAUCACUGACAACUGUGAGAGGAAACAAACCGACAUCUCCACAGAACCUAAAAUCACCAUGCAGAACUCGAAUGAUGACAAAGGAGAGAUGCCGGGAGCUAAUGCUGUGGAGCAGGGACCACAAGAACCUGAAAUACCUACAGAACCAUCUGAGAGUGGACAUGUCACACUUGGGAGUUCACACACACACAUGCUACUCCCAGCCCCACCAAAUGACGUAUCCGGGACCCCACAGCCAGGAGCUAAAUACUCUGGACUUGUACCCUACACGCCUCCUGGCAGUGGAAAUUCCACCCCAAGCUACUCAACUGACCGGCAGAGUGAGAGCGAUAACGAAAAAAGUCCACCUCAACCGAAGGAACAGAUUGAGGCUAACGGGGCAGAGGAGGAGACUGAAAUGGCCGAGCCCUCAGCCAACCUUACAAUCCAGUCACAAAGCUCUUUUCUACACGAGACGUCAAGAACAGCAGCAACCCCUCAUGUCCACCACCUCCUCAGUUUAGAACUAGACUCAAUGCAGACAGAACAAUCUGUUGAAGUUCAGAUGUCUAAUCCUGAGAACGUAACAAGGAUGGAGACUCCACUGGUGUCUGCGCAUGUCCUCUCAACUGACACUCAAGGAGCUGUGAUGCUUGGAGGAGAGACCAGCCUGGAGUUGUCUGAGGAGGUGCAGGUUAAUCAGUGUAUCCUCCCGGAAGAACAUGAUGUUAUUGAAUUAAACUCUGAACUUUCUUCUGGAGAAACAAAGUUGUUUAUUGAAGGGACCCAUUCGGAUAUCGAAAUGUCCCAACUGGCUGCUGGAGAAUUUGAGAUUUAUAGCUUUGCAGAGGAGGAGAUUGCAACAGAAGUUGUUGGAGAGAGACUGUCUCUCUCCCCAAGCUAUGAAGUAAACUUAUUCAACCCACUCAUUGAACACUCUGAGAAUUGUACAGCCAGUGAGGGACAAGACAUACACCUGCCAUCUCCCCCUCAAACGGGUAAUGACAAUGAUCAAGCCAUUAUCCAACAAGGCCCCCUUUCAUCAGAUCACGGUCUCUCAGAAAUGGAGGUCUGUUCAAAUGACUUUAUUCCUAGUCUGUCCACACAAGAUGUAGAGAUGACUGAUGAAAGAUAUAAUUUAGAACCGGAAAACACAACUACUGAAGUGGACGCUGCUGUGGUGGAAGAUUCAAGUGAGGUUGAUUUAGUCAUAACUGUCCCAGGAUCAGAUACAACAGUUGGACAGGCGGACACUUGUACACAAGCUACAGCACCUUGUAUGGAGACCAGCACAGCUGUCUCAGACCAUAGAGGGGUGAGCGUUUCCCCAACCACCCAUCUGAGUGACACCCAAAAGCUGCCAGGUGAAACUGAAGUAGGGUCAACGACCAGUAAGUCUUAUCUUGUCUCCCCAAUGGAAGAAUUAACAGAGGUUGUUGUACAGUCAACCAGUCAACACAGUAUUGAGGUCCUCUCCUCGCCAAUUACCGAGAGUAAAGGGCAGAAUUGUCCUCUUAAAGUGGUACCAGGAGUUACCUUACAAAGUACUACAGAACCAGAGUCCUGUGUUUCUUCUCAUGAAGGUCCUGAAAAUCCACAGCCCUGUCCAACUCUGACAGAAACCCCAGUGCAUACCCAGCAGGAUGUUGAUGGUGCUGUUAAUGUGACAUCAACAAUCGAGGUCAAACCGGAGUCUUCCCGGUCUGCGCUCUCCUCUGGCAUCAUCGACCCAAAGCUCCUCCUAUUAAAGCGUGGGGACACCCCUCUCCUCAAACAUCCACCCUCCUUAUUGUUGGGGUUGUGCGUGCAGCAAAGCAACAGCUUGACACUUCCUAGUGCUAGAAGCCCCAGCUCUGGCUCAGACACUGCGCCUGUGGUAGAGUGCCCUCCUAAAGCUGUGGCAGCCGCAGUCUCUGUGCAGGAGCCUGUGGCUCUCUGCAUUCAUAGAGGCCAGACAGAGCCCUCCGUCAAGAGAGAACCCACAGCAGCAAUUCCCUCUACAAACACCCCAUCCCAGCCCCGUCUGCUCCCUCCCUCUGGUCCCACGCCAUGCAAAUCUGACAGAGGGGCAUUAACUUCGAUCAAAACUUCCAUGGGGAAAGCAGUGACAGUUUCCCAAACCCUAAACCCUCCCACCAUUGGCAACACACCUUCCAAGCACCUCUCUGACCCCACGUUGCCCUCAACAUCAGGCAAUGUGAUGAGGAGUAGUCUCUCCAGUUCCUCCUGUGAUGGGAGCCAGUCUGGACCGCUCCCCGUUAUCCGGCCACGGCUAGCUGGUGUGAAGGGCCCAGGGAUCAGCAGCGCCAAGGAGGAGAGCAGUGAUGGGGAGGCUGACCUGGCAGUGGAGGCCAAGCCUGGCCGCAGGAGCAUGGUCACCCACAGCCCGGCAGAGACCAAGCAUGAGCAGAGACAGAGCAGGCCAGACAGAAAGGCCCUUUUCUCAAAGGUACGCCAGUGGAUAGCAGACAGGGUCACUCCAAGUUCGUCUCCCUUCUCGCCCUGUUCUUCACCCCCCUCUCCAAGCCCAUCUUCCUCUAGUGACUGGACUCCCAGCACUACUCCCCUCGCUCUCCGAGGUCCCCGGGGUAGGUUCCUCUCCCCGCCCUCUAUGGGCCUGGGCGGUUCCUCCCCAUCGGACCCGGUCACUCCCUAUCGACCCCGCAUGGAGCGUCACGCCGACAUGGCCGAACUGGCCAAACACGAAGCUGAGAUAGAGGGCAGGACCCUAGCGUUGAAGAGAGAAGGCUUCUGGUCUAUAAAGCGACUGACCCGUCUGACAGAGCCGCUCCGGCCCAAGGUGCACUGGGACUACCUGUGUGAGGAGAUGCAGUGGCUCUCUGCUGACUUUGCCCAGGAGAGAAGGUGGAAGAGAGGGGUCGCCAGGAAGGUGGUGCGGAUGGUGAUGCGACACCACGAGGAGCUAAGGCAGAAGGAGGAGAAGGCCAAGCGGGACGAGCACGCCAAAAUCAGACGAGUCGCCUCCAACGUAGCCAAGGAGGUCCGGGCCUUCUGGGGCAGUGUUGAGAAGGUGGUGCAGUACAAGCAGCAGUCCCGGUUAGAGGAGAAGAGGAAGAAGGCCCUGGACCUCCAGCUGGACUUCAUCGUGGGCCAGACAGAGAAAUACUCAGACCUCCUAAGUCAGGCCCUGGAAACUGCACCGGCUGGGAACAGUGAAACUGCACCUUCACCACCCAAAAAAUCCCUUCCACUUGCUGUGGAUGAGGAUGACCGAGACUUUGAGCCUCCGUGUGGCGAGGAGGAAGAUGACGAGGAGACCAUCGAUGUGGAGGAGGCACAGGACGGCAAUGAUGCCGAGACUCAGAGGAGGGAGAUGGAGCUGCUGAGACAGGAGGGGACCAUGUCCUUGGCAGAGUUGCUCAGCACCCUCAAACGGCCUCAUUCACAGGCCUCGGAAGAGGAGUGCUCAGACAAUUCGUCAACAACAGUGGGGGAAGACGAAGAGUUCACAGCCAACGAAGAGGAUGCUGAAGAUGAGGAGGACACCAUCGCAGCCCAGGAGGUAGUGGAGGGGGAAGCUGAUCACGCAGGAGAGCUUGAUGACUUGGCUAAAGAAGGUGACAUGACUGUGGAGGAGCUGCUGGAGAAGUACAAAGGAGCGUAUGCCUCUGAUUUCGAGGAGCCCUCAGCGUCCGCCUCUCCUGCCAGCACAGAGGAGUCGGAAAAUUCUGGAGACGAGGAAGAGGAGAGCGAGGAAGAAGAAAGUGAUGUGGAGAGCAACACCACCUCAUCAGAUGACGAGGACAGUGAAGAGGACGAGGUCAGUGACAUUGAGGAAGAGGACAGUGAAGAAGAUGAGUGCGGUGAGGGGAUGGAGAUCCUGCUCAAGGAGGGGGACCACAGCCCCCCUCUGCCAAGCGGCCCGCGGCCCAAGAAGGAGAUCAGCCACAUUGCUGCUACUGCAGAGAGCCUCCAGCCCAAAGGCUAUACCCUGGCCACAACCAAGGUCAAAACUCCCAUUCCCUUCCUGCUGGUGGGCCAGCUGCGUGAGUACCAGCACAUCGGCCUGGACUGGCUGGUCACCAUGUACGAGAAGAAGCUCAACGGCAUCCUGGCUGACGAGAUGGGCCUUGGGAAGACCAUCCAGACCAUCGCCCUGCUGGCUCACCUCGCCUGUGAAAAGAGUAACUGGGGGCCCCAUCUGAUCAUCGUGCCAACCAGUGUGAUGCUGAAUUGGGAGAUGGAGCUGAAGCGCUGGUGUCCCGGAUUCAAAAUCCUCACUUACUACGGCAGUCAGAAGGAGAGGAAACUCAAGAGACAGGGUUGGACCAAGCCCAACGCUUUCCACGUGUGCAUCACCUCCUACAAGCUGGUGCUGCAGGACCACCAGGCCUUCCGACGCAAGUCCUGGCGCUACCUCAUCCUGGACGAGGCCCAGAACAUCAAGAACUUCAAGUCCCAGCGCUGGCAGAGCCUGCUCAACUUCAACAGUCAGAGGCGCCUGCUGCUGACAGGCACCCCGCUGCAGAACAGCCUGAUGGAGCUGUGGUCCCUGAUGCACUUCCUCAUGCCCCACGUCUUCCAGUCCCACCGAGAGUUCAAGGAGUGGUUCUCCAACCCCCUCACCGGUAUGAUCGAGGGUAGCCAGGAAUACAACGAGGGCCUGGUCAAGAGGUUACAUAAGGUGCUCAGACCGUUUCUGUUGAGGAGAAUCAAGGUGGAUGUGGAGAAGCAGAUGCCUAAGAAAUAUGAGCAUGUGGUGCGCUGCCGUUUGUCCAAGAGGCAGCGCUUCCUCUACGAUGACUUCAUGGCACAGGCCUCGACCCGGGAAACGCUGGCUAGUGGUCACUUCAUGUCUGUGAUCAACAUCUUGAUGCAGCUCCGUAAAGUGUGUAACCACCCCAACCUGUUUGACCCUCGGCCCAUUCACUCCCCCUUCAUCACCAAGCCUAUCGUCUUCCACACUGCCUCCCUGGUACAACGAGCCAUGGACGUCUCCCCAUUCAAGCGCUGCGACCUGUCCAUGUUCGACCUGGUGGGUCUGGAGGCCAACGUGUCUAGGUACCAGGCCGACGUGUUUCUGCCUUCCAGGAAGGUCACCCGUCAGCUGAUCCAGGAGGUCAUGGAGUCUCCCGACCCCCCUCCCCGUCCCAAACCCGUUCGCAUGAAGGUCAACAGGAUGUUCCAGCCCUUACCUAAGGCUGAUGGUCGCACGGUGCUGGUGGUGAACAAACCCCGACCCACCUGCCCUGUCACCCCUGCUGCUCAGGCCUCAAGGACCCCUCUCAUCCAGGAUGUGACGCCAACCCCUACACUGCCAGUCCAACAAACAGUGUGUUCAGUGGCACCCACAGCCCCUCCUCGCCCGCCUUUGCACCCCAGUGGCCCCUCUGUCAUGAGGUCCGGCUCCCCAAUGCCAGUCCUGGCCGUACGCCCACCCACCACCUCCUGCAACCCCGCCACCCAUCUCACCCCUCCUCCCAGCAACGUUUUGACCCAACGAGUUUUGCUCAGCCCAGACAUGCAGGCCCGGCUUCCCUCUGGGGAGGUAGUGAGUAUCGCCCAACUGGCCUCAUUGGCUGGGCGUCCUGUGUCAUCGUGCCAAGGCAGUAAGCCUGUCACCUUCCAGCUGCAGGGCAACAAGCUCACCCUGUCUGGGACCCAGCUCCACCAGGUUCCCAUGGCACCUCCACGCCCAGUACAAGGUAACGUCAUGCAUCUGGUGACCAGCGGAGGGCAGCACCACCUCAUCAGCCAGCCAGCCCAAGUAGCAGUUUUCAGUUCAGCCAAUACCCACGCUGUCCCCACCUCUCCUGUACCCUCGGGAAUCCAGCUGCCUUGCAAUUCUUCUCAAGUGCCCUCCUCCGUGGUGACCAGCUCUGGGAUUGUGAAAAUCGUGGUACGCCAGUCGAGCAAGGAAGGAGGGGGUGUACCCACCCUGGCAGUGCCCCCUUCUCCUCGCGUAGCCCCCCAGGCGUCAACCUCCAUGCACCAUCAUGCCAAUACUGCCGUGAGAACUCCUGCCCCCCAGCAAACGGCCCAUCGCCACCCCGGGCCCACCACUGCUCAAUACACCCUGGCCCCACCUAGAACCCCUACCUCAGUCACAAUUAGAACCUGUACCCCAGCCCCCCCUCGAACCCCUGCCCCCCCCCGUAAUCCGACCUCAGCCCUCAGUCAGUCCCAGCCCCCCCGCCCAGUGCUUAAGGUAGUAACGGGACCAGCAGAAACCAGCACAGAACAGAAAGCGCGUGUGAAUUCUACAUUGACGUGUGAGGAGAGCAGCGACACCAAAUCAGCCGUUCCUAAAUCAGGGUCCCAUGUGGGUGGAUUUGUCCCCCCUCGACCCCGGGCACAACCUCGCCCACCUCCUCGCUCCCCCUUCUACAUGUCAUGGCUGGCAGACAGCCUCAAGAAGCAGCGAGACAGCCGCCUGGCCCAGAUCAUCCGGAUCAACGACCUACACUGCAGCGCCAAGCCCGUGUUUGGCCAUGAGGUACUGGACUUCCUCACCUUCCUCCCGGGCUCCUGCCCUGCUCCGGCCCCCAGGGCCCUGGGUCAGUGGGGUCGCUCGGGUCACGCCGCCUGCCUGUUCGCCCAGUCCCACAGCACUACGGACUACUGGGACCAGAGCUGCGCCCUGAGGGAGGGCAUCCACACCACCGAGGACAGGCUGCAGCUGCUCAAAGAUGUGAUCGAACGGUUUACGUUCGUGAUCCCGCCGGUGGAGGCUCCAGCCAUCACCAUGCACAGCUGCCACCCCCCUCCGUCUCUGAGCCACCAGCAGGCCGUGUUCACCUCGCUGCUCUCCUCCCAGGUGGCCCCGCUCACACGCAGUCUGCACCGCAUCCAGUGCAACAUGAGGACCCACUUCCCUGACCUGAGGCUCAUCCAGUACGACUGCGGUAAGCUGCAGACGCUCCACACCCUGCUGCGUCGGCUGAAGGAGGGCCAACAUCGCGUUCUCAUCUUCACCCAAAUGACCCGCAUGCUGGACGUGCUGGAGCAGUUCCUCAACUACCACGGUCACAUCUACCUCCGCCUGGACGGCAGCACCCGCGUCGAGCAGAGACAAUCCCUGAUGGAUCGCUUCAACGCGGACCGCCGCAUCUUCUGCUUCAUCCUGUCCACGCGCAGCGGCGGCGUGGGGGUGAACCUGACGGGCGCCGACACGGUGGUGUUCUACGACAGUGACUGGAACCCUACCAUGGACGCCCAGGCCCAGGACCGCUGCCACCGCAUCGGACAGACCCGCGACGUCCACAUCUACAGGCUGAUCAGUGAGCGCACAGUGGAGGAGAACAUCCUGAAGAAGGCCAACCAGAAAAGAAUGCUGGGAGACAUGGCCAUAGAAGGAGGCAACUUCACCACCGCUUUCUUCAAACAGCAAACCAUCAGGGAGCUGUUUGACGUGAAUGAGGGGGAGAAGAAGGAGGUGACCCCAGAGCCGUCUGUGCCCCAGCCAGAGGAGGAAGAGACGGGCAACAAACAGAGCACCACCAUCCUGGAGCAGGCCCUUUGUCGUGCCGAGGACGAGGAGGACAUCGUCGCUGCCUCCCAAGCCAAAGCAGAGCAGGUAGCUGAACUGGCAGAGUUCAACGAGGCCAUCCCAUUGGACGAGGCUGGCGAAGGGAGGGACCCGGAAGAGGAGGAGCUCUCCAAGGCCGAGCAGGAGAUAGCGGCUCUUGUGGAGCAGCUCACUCCUAUAGAGCGCUAUGCUAUGAAUUUCCUGGAGGCUUCACUGGAGGAUGUGUGCAAGGAGGAGUUAAAGCAAGCAGAGGAGCAGGUGGAGGCUGCCAGGAAGGGGCUGGACCAGGCCAAGGAGGAGGGCCUGAAGCUGCAUGCAGGCUCCUCGGACAAUGACGACGAGGACUUCGCAUCACAGCCAGCGGAGGAGCCCUCGCCGCCCGGGUCGGGCCGUCGCCCACGCAGACACAAAGAGAAAGGCGCCCCCUCCACCAGAAUCAGCGGUAGGCUCCGAGGAGCCACGGCCUCCCCACCGCCCACUUCCCCAGAGCCAGAGUCUGAUUCCCCCACCCCCAGAGAAGUGCCUGAAAGGCUCCGCUCAGCUCUGAGAGGACGAGGGGGGACCAAAGACAAUACCACCACACCGUCCCGCACAGAGCACCCCAGGGCCCAACCCUCCUCAUCAAAGGAAUCUGCCAAACCUGCAUCCACAACCCCGGCCUCUCCUUCUAGAGACUCCAGCCUCAAAUCCGGGUCGGCAGCGCCACCUCUCGGAUCCCAGUCCCAUUCCAGCUCAGUGCCUUCCACUGCCACCAGUCCUCUAGCUGGGAAAUCACUGACACUACCAGGGGACUCACACACCUGGUCACCCAGCAGGGAGAGGGCAGUGUGUAUCACCUCAGAGUCCACGUGUCCAGUGGACCACCAGUCAUACUCUGCCCAGGCCAGGGACUAUGACAUUAGGGACCAGGAGUCCCUGUCUCCCAACUCUGUGUGCCCUCUCUCCCGGUCGCCACGCAAGCGCCAGUCGGCUGACGGGGAGGUCCUGCUAGGCCUUCCGGAACAUUCCCCGUCGGCCAAGGUCCUGCGGAAGCUCCCUGGUCGCCUGGUGACGGUGGUGGAGGACAAGGAGCCCAGGAAGAGGAGGAGGAGAGGCAGCGGGACAGGAGGAGGCUCAUCAGAGGAGACAGAGAACGCUGAGUCGGGCCGAGUCUCAGACGAGCCAAGCAGAGACUCCCAAACCCCUGACAAAACCAGCCUGACACCCGAAGAGAAAGGGACUGCUUCAAAAUACUCAACGACCACCAAACUCACAGAGGACCAAGAAUCCCCCUCAACACACACCUAUCCUGCCAGAAGCUACCUCCCUUACUCCCCGCCCCACCAAUCCCCUGACAUGCCGGUGCUGAGGAACCUGCCGGUGCGGCAGCGGCUGGAGAGCGAGUCUCGCGUGGCGGCGCAGUUAGGAGAGCUGGGCCGAGGGAGGGGAGGGAACUACCACAGGAAAAUGGACAAUCAGCCAGGAAAAGACGGCAACGUGUCCUCACCCGCUAAUAAUGCUAACUCGACCCCACCAGUGAAACGAAAGAGGGGCCGACCCCCCAAAACUCCCCUCAGGUUGGCGGUAUCCCAGCCAGAGCAUGUAUCUCCUCCCCAGCCCACCUCAGCAAGUGAGGGGAGCCCCGCUCUCUCCCCAAAACGCAAGCGGGGUCGUCCCCGCAAGGACUCGACAACUGUAAAGAAUGCUGUGGGUGCAGGACAUAACUCAAACUCCAGCACCACCAGCCAACCUGGUUCCCUGUCUGAGGCUGUUAACACAGAACCACUACUCCCAUCUGCCCCCACUGAGCCUCAAACUGUGACCGCCUCUGCUAUCUGCACCAGCCAAGACUCUCUGUCUACCAAAGCUGAGGACUCUACCGCAACAUUAAAACCAAACACUAAGACUGAGGUCCUUACCACAACCCCAACUUCUAUUCUGGAACUAAGCCCAGCUCAAAUCCUUACCACAACCGAUAUUCCUGCGCCAAGCCGAACUCGAGUUCCAAUCCCAAUUCCAAUCUCUGUCUCCACCUCAAGCUCAGCAACCAUCUCCACCCCGGUUUCAAUUUUAGUCCCUGCCACAAGCUCACCCACAGUCCCCGCCUUAAACUCAAUAUCUGUUCCUGCUUCAAGCUCAUCCACAGUUUCCACCCUAAGCUUACCCACAGUAUCCACAUCGAGGCCGCCCUUUAGCCCUACCUCAAGGUCAACCUCUGGCCUCAUUCGAAUUCCAACUGCAGUCCUCACCUCAACCCUUGCCCAAUUCCUCACCUCAAGACCUAGAGUCUCCACUUCUCCACCAAUCUCCACAACUACCACACAAAUUGUCACCCCUACCCCCAACAAGAUCUCCACUCCUCCCCUUGGCCAAAUCACUAUCCCUACACCAGCUCAAAUCUCCAAAAUGGCCACAUCAGUCUCUACUCCAACCAUCACCCCCACUCCAGCCCCUACACCAACACUCACAAAUGUCAAACAAACCCCUACUCCGUGCCCUACCACAAUUGUUGCAACCCAUGUACCAACACUUAGAAAACUCACCACAACCUCAAUUGCAAAUCUGACCACCAUUUCCACACCAGGCCCAAGUAUAAUCGUCACCACCGUCACACAAGCCCGAACCGCCACCAUCACUGCAACAACCUCCAUACCAACUUCUACCAAAAUCACCAUCACAACCCCCACACCAGCCCCUACACCAACCACCACACUAACCUCUACACCAGCCCCUACCACAACUGUCACCACCGUUACACCAGCCCCUACCACAACUGUCACCACCGUUACACCAGCCCCUACCACAACUGUCACCACCGUUACACCAGCCCCUACCACAACUGUCACCACCGUUACACCAGCCCCUACCACAACUGUCACCACCGUUACACCAGCCCCUACCACAACUGUCACCACCGUUACACCAGCCCCUACCACAACUGUCACCACCGUUACACCAGCCCCUACCACAACUGUCACCACCGUUACACCAGCCCCUACCACAACUGUCACCACCGUUACACCAGCCCCUACCACAACUGUCACCACCGUUACACCAGCCCCUACCACAAGUGUCACCACCGCUACACUGCCCCCAUACACAAGUGUCACCACCGCUACACUGCCCCCAUACACAAGUGUCACCACCGCUACACCGCUCCCACCCAGAACUGUCACCACCUCUACACCGCCCCCACCCAGAACUGUCACCACCUCUACACCGCCCACACCCAGAACUGUCACCACCGCUACACCGCCCACACCCAGAACUGUCACCACCGCUACACCGCCCACACCCAGAACUGUCACCACCUCUACACCGCCCCCACCAAGAACUGUCACCACCUCUACACCAACCACACCCAGAACUGUCACCACCUCUACACCGCCCCCACCAAGAACUGUCACCAAUUCUACACUGCCCCCACCCAGAACUGUCACCACUGCUACUGUAGCCGCUGCCACAACCAUCACAUCAACUCCUACCCCAAUCUCUACCCCAACCCCCACCCGUUCCCAAGUACAUAACUCCACUACCAACAAAAUCGUCACCCAGAUAUCCACCCCAGCCCCCACUCCAAGUUCAACAUUAGUCCUGCCCCUGGCCCAAAUUCCUAUUACAUCUACCCUCUCCAGCAACUCCACUGCUGUGGCUGCCACAGAGAACCAGGCUGUGGAGACUGCCCAGAAUCCUGCCCAGAAUCCUGCCCAGAAUCCAGAUUCAGAGAACAUAAUAGACAUGGAGGUGGAGACCCAGGCAGUUAAAGUGGACAAAAAGGCAGAGGAUGGAGAAGAGGAGAUUAGUGACUCUCAACCGAAAAAGAGGAAAGUGGAGAAUUCUCCUGAAGCCAAAGACACUGUCCUUUCCACUCCCUCUCUCGCUGACCCAGAGACUCCAGUGGCUCCUCGGCCAGAGGAAACAGAUAAGCAGAAGAUAGAGGAGAGUGCCGGAGAUGACAAAGCCGCCAGCAAGAAGAGGCCUCUCAGUCGCCAGAGCAGUCAGGAGUCGGUGCGCUCCUCUUCUCCUUCCUCAGUGUGCUCCACAUCCAAUCCCACCCGGUCAGCCCAAUACAAGAAGAGUGCAGAGAAGAGAGCACCUGCCAAGAGGAGGCGAGGAGAGGUUCUGUCUGACCCAGAGAAGGGAGAGGGGAAGACUGAGAAAGAGUCCACCAACGCCACUCGGAGGAGGCAGUCCAGGUCCUCUUCUUCAGACUCGGACCCCUGUGAAACCAGGAAAGAGCGCCUCACCCGCUCAUCCCAGAGCUGGCAGGAGAAAGAGGGGGAUGGAGAGGGUAACAGGCGGAGAAGAAGACCCGCCAGGAGCUCUGAAUGGGAGGGCAGGACUGUGUCCAACAACACCGGUACUGGGGAGUCUAGCAGCGAGACAUCCUCUGUGAGAGUCACUCGGAAAUCCUCUGGUCCUCUUCCCACCUCGGAGAGUAAACCCCAGUCUAACAGCGUGCCCUCUACCCCUCCCCAGCCAGAGGUCCUGGGAAAGAGAUGUUCAGCCUUGAACGCUGCAGCCAAACUCCUUGCCAUGCGAGGCAGGGUCGACACCCCUGGCAGCAGGAAAGACCCUGCGGCUAAGGCUGCUGGGCAGAAUGUCAUUUCUCCCGCUUCCUCUGACAAGAACCACAAGUCCAAAUCUAAAAGUGCACCAGCCACUCCGCAAACAAACUGCAACAACAAAGCAGGAAUCAGCAAGAUGACCCCCACCAAGUCUAGCCGCACCGCCGCCCGCUCCACCCGCCAGUGCCCUGGCGCCCUCGUCCCACCCCUGGAGACAGACAACAAGAGGGGGAGCAAGAAGGAGGAGAGUGAAAAAGAAAAAAAGAAGCCCUCGGAGGAGAAGGAAGAGGGGUGCGAGAGGGAGACUCGCUCGUCCAGGGGCCACAGCGCCUGCAGCAGCGUGAGUAGCGAUGGUGGAGGGAGUAGCCGGAGCAGCAGCAACAGCAGCCAGCGCACCCACAGCCUCAGCUCCCAGAGCACCGGGCCCAGGCUCAACAGCUCGCGAGCACCAUCCUCCAGCAGCGAACGUGAACGCAGCACCGAGAGGGGCAGGAGGCGCAGCCACAGGAAGGAAGGAGAAGGCUGGGGGAGGGAGACCCGGAAGGAAAGAAAGGAGAGGCAUGCCCAGAAGCGGGAGAGGCUUUCACAGGAAGGGAACGCUGGUUCGGGAGAGAGCACCCCGGACAGGGUGCUGCGCAGCGUGGCGGCUAUGGCAGCAGCUCAGGCCCGCACACCGGCAGCCAACACCCGCUCUUCCCGGUCUUCCUCUGCCCAACACAACAAGACAUGAUGGAAUAACAAUAUAUAUUUUUUAAACUGGGAGAGGGAGUGAGGGAUUCUGACUGGGAAAUGGAGGGGAAAUGGCCUCUAAAGUUGCUGCUUUGUCUACACUGACGGAGGCCAGAGCAGAACUAUGUGUUGUGCAGGUCAGUGACCUCCCUCCCUCUUGGGCCCUCUCCCCCACCCCACAUUAGAGCUGGUCUCCUCUCCAGUUCAGCCAUCAUCAACUGGGGAAAGGCUUAGAGAUGCCCGACUGUUUGCAGAGAGAAAGGUGCCAUCAUGGUAGAGCCCUUCCAGAAGUGAGGUGUUGUAGUCCUGAAGGUGUCACUUCAUACAGACAGUGGCUUGACUGCACACUGGGGACUUUGGGACGAGGUGGGUGCGAGUGAGUUAUUUGUUAGUUCACACUAUGUACUGUAAAACAUUUAAAAAGACUGGAAUACUAGGAGAUGUAUGUGUUCGAGAGAGGAAUAGAUUGCGCCCAAUAUGCAGAUUUUAUCCUCUGCCAGGGUUAUCGGUGGGAAUCAUUCAUGCGACAUUCAAAAUAAUAUUUUGAGUGACACUUGUAUCGUACGUUUGAAGGUUUUAGACUUUUUGGGUUCUGGACAUUUUGUCAGCUGUUCUGACCUCUGUUGAUAAGUUCUGGAUAUUUUAUGGUUUCUUCCAGGAAGAGAGCAGAUCUGUAAAUGUGAUCUUUGCUGCACUAUGCUGGAGCUACUCUUUGCUUGGGCCUCUGUAUCUUGUCAUUUUCUGUCCAUCUGACUUUUUAAAUCCAGCCUGCAUUUUUCCUUUGCAUCUGACUGCAUUGUGGUGUAGUAUUUUACAUAAAUUUCAAUCAAAUUACUACUACGUUCCUGGUACCUCACACAAACUCCAAAUAUGGCUGUCUCUCUCAAGCUUGUUAUGCAUCUCGAAGAUGCAAAUGAUUUUACUCACUGGCAAUGCAGAAAGAAACGGGAGCAGAACCUUGAUUUAACUCACCUUUUCCAAAGUACGAUAUUAUGGUCAACAUUUCAUGUCGUUUAUACUAAAAGGGUAUUGAAUCAGUGUGAAUAAAAAAACAGUGCCUAUUAGGCCGAGUGGGUGAACGGAGAACAGUAUGCUUUGUAAAGUACUUGACGUUGGGGUGUGGAACUUACUGAGUUGUCAUUUGUCACUAAAAAAGGAUAUGCUUUCUGUAAAUCACGAGAAAAGCACCCUAUGCACCAGUGCUACCAAAUUAUUUUUUUAAAUCUGAAUUUCUAUCAUUUCAUUGCUCCUCUUUCAUGUAAGGACUUAAAAUGGUGCAGAUGGCUCUGUAAAUUGUCAAUUAACUUUUGAGGAUUUGCGUUUGUGAAAGCAGUUUGUGGGCAGGGUGAUGUUUGAGUGAAUGGGUGGAAUAUGGUGAUGGUCUUGAUUUGUCCCUUUAAUUUGUUACAUUCCUUUGUUCCCUUGUAAUUCCACAUUGUUUUACUUGAAAGACAAAAUGACAGUUGAAUAAAAGACCAAAAAUGUA